CGCGCAUGCUCUUCAAUAUGAAACCCCGCCAAUUUAAUGCUUUUGUUUAUACUCAUUCCAACUCAUGCGUUGUUGAAAAUUUUUAAAAACUAAAAUUAACUUAAUUGUAUCAAAAAAUGUCGUCAAAUAAUAAUUGCACAUUAAAAUUUGCGAAGCUUACUGAUAAAGCAUUUGCUCCAAUAAAAGGAUCAGCCUUAGCUGCUGGAUAUGAUUUACGUAGUGCCUAUGAUUAUGUAAUCCCGGCUCGAGGAAAAGAAUUAGUUAAGACCGACAUUCAAAUUGAAGUACCUAAAGGAACUUACGGUAGAGUAGCACCAAGGUCAGGACUUGCUUGGAAACAUCACCUCGAUGUUGGUGCUGGAGUUAUUGAUGCGGAUUACAGAGGUAACGUCGGCGUCGUACUUUUUAAUCAUAGUGACGAAAAUUUCAAAAUUGCUGCCGGUGAUAGAGUGGCUCAAUUAAUUUGUGAAAAAAUUGAGUAUUCGGAACUUGAAGAACUUUCAUCAUUAAACUCAACUAAAAGAGGAGAAGGUGGAUUUGGUUCUACCGGUUUAAAAUAACGAAAUAAGAUCAUUUAAUUUCAUGCAUUAUUUAUUUUACAUUUCUUAUGAUAUACAGUUAUUGUUUUUUAUGCACCUCUAAUUCAUUUGUCAUGAAAAAAAUAAUUAUAAAUGAAAAAAAAAAAUUGCUUUAUGGAUAUAUGUAAUUUCACAGAUCUUUGAAAUACUUUUGUACUUUUAUACAAAAAAAAUUGUACUCGAAUUGUUACAGCAGGCAAACAUAUAACCUAUACUUAUAUUUAAGAAUUUACUUUUUAAAAGUACAAUAUAAAACAAUAAAAAUUUCAGUAGUUUACAUAAAGUUACAUGGUAAAUGUAAAAAUAUUAAAAUUAUUUAAAAAACAAUUAUUCAACUUGAUACGUGUACGGAAAUUGUUCUAUUUAUAUAUAUCCCAAGUGACCAAAUGUUAACUUUUAUGUAUCGAAAAAGUUAACAAAAAAAUGUUACCAUUUAUUUUGCAAUGUAAAAAGACAACAAAUAUCACCACUAAUGUCCAGCAAAAAGUUGACUUUUUUAAGUUUCAAAAAGAUAACUUUAUGGUAUCAUUUUGUCAACAUUUUGGUAAAUUUUUAAUAACACUUUCUAACGUUUCGUUGGCAAAUAGCAAUUAGCUGUUUGCCACCAAAAAAGUAACAAGUUGAUAACUUUUUUAUGUUGACAUAUAAGAAUCAGAAUGUUAUCUUUAUGUUAACAAAUUAAAUAUAUUUAUGUUGAAUUUGCUAAUAGCACAGUUUACUUAAGCAAAAGUUUACUGUACAAAAAUUUUGUUGAAUUUUUCGUCAAAUUUCUGUCAACUUCGGACUUUUCCAUUUUUCACGACAAUUUGUAUACAACUUGCUAUUGAAUUUGACGCAAAUUUACUGCUUGAAUUAGAAUGGAAAUUCACUUCAAAAGUUGACUAGAAAAAAGUUGUCAAUUUUCGGGCAAAUUUUUUGUUAAUUUGACUUGAAAAAUUAUUAGGUAUUUUCUUACCGUCAAAUUGUAGACAAUUUUAUGUAUAAAUUUGCUUACCUUCUGAAAUGGUAAGAAUGAACAUUA